CGCACUGCGUCUGACGCACGCGGUAUAAAAGCCAGGUCUCUGACGUCAGCGGCCUCUUCCCUGCCUAAGCCCUCGUGAGGUGGGCAGUGUAAUUUUUCCCGUCUCUUUUCUCGACUGAGCGAAUCCAAAACCAUCCGUCAAAAUGGUGAACUUUACCGUCGACCAGAUCCGUACCAUCAUGGACAAGAAGGCUAACAUCCGUAACAUGUCUGUGAUUGCGCACGUUGACCACGGCAAGUCAACAUUGACGGACUCGCUUGUGUCAAAGGCUGGCAUUAUUGCCUCUGCUCGCGCUGGAGAGACCCGCUUCACAGACACAAGAAAAGAUGAACAGGAACGUUGCAUCACCAUCAAGUCCACCGCCAUCUCCCUCUACUACGAGCUGAGUGAAAAUGACAUGGCAUUCAUCAAGCAAACCAAGGAUGGCGAAGGCUUUCUGAUCAAUUUGAUUGACUCGCCAGGACACGUUGACUUCUCCUCUGAAGUGACUGCUGCCCUCCGUGUCACUGAUGGAGCCCUGGUUGUUGUUGACUGCGUGUCUGGUGUUUGCGUGCAGACUGAGACCGUGCUUCGCCAGGCCAUUGGUGAGCGCAUCAAGCCAGUCCUGAUGAUGAACAAGAUGGACCGCGCCCUGCUUGAGUUGCAGCUGGAACCUGAAGACCUUUACCAGACCUUCCAGCGUAUCGUUGAGUCCGUCAAUGUCAUCAUCUCUACUUAUGGAGAGGACGAAAAUGGACCCAUGGGUCACAUCAUGGUGGAUCCAGUCAUCGGUACUGUUGGUUUUGGCUCUGGGCUCCAUGGCUGGGCUUUCACCCUCAAACAGUUUGCUGAAAUGUAUGCUGCCAAGUUUGCUGCCAAGGGCAACACCCAGAUGACACCACCAGAGCGCUGCAAGAAGGUGGAAGACAUGAUGAAGAAACUGUGGGGUAAUAGGUACUUUGAUGCUUCAGCUGGAAAGUUCUUAAAAAACAACACUGGAGCUGAUGGCACCAAAUAUCCUCGCACCUUUGUUGCUCUUAUCCUGGAUCCCAUCUUCAAGGUUUUCGAUGCCAUCAUGAACUUUAAGAAAGAGGAGACUGCCAAGCUGAUCCAGAAACUGGAGAUCAAGUUGGACUCUGAUGACAAGGACAAGGAGGGUAAGCCACUCCUGAAGGCUGUCAUGCGACGCUGGCUCCCUGCUGGUGAAGCUCUUCUUCAGAUGAUCACCAUCCACCUGCCCUCCCCUGUCACUGCUCAGAAGUACCGUUGCGAGUUGCUCUAUGAAGGACCUGGAGAUGAUGAGGCUGCCAUGGCUAUCAAGAACUGUGACCCCAAGGGGCCUCUGAUGAUGUACAUCUCAAAGAUGGUCCCCACCAGUGACAAGGGUCGCUUCUAUGCAUUUGGUCGUGUGUUCUCUGGCAGCGUUUCCACUGGCCUAAAGGUGCGCAUUAUGGGACCGAAUUAUACUCCUGGAAAGAAGGAGGACCUGUACCUUAAGCCAAUUCAGAGGACCAUUCUGAUGAUGGGCCGUUACGUAGAGCCCAUUGAAGAUGUGCCUUGUGGUAACAUUGUGGGUCUGGUUGGAGUGGACCAGUACCUUGUGAAAACUGGGACCAUCACCACCUAUGAGCAAGCUCACAACAUGAGAGUGAUGAAGUUCAGUGUGAGCCCUGUGGUGAGAGUUGCUGUGGAAGCCAAAAACCCUGCUGACCUGCCCAAGCUGGUGGAAGGUCUGAAGCGUCUGUCCAAGUCCGAUCCUAUGGUGCAGUGUAUCAUUGAGGAGUCUGGAGAACAUAUUGUCGCUGGAGCUGGAGAGCUGCAUCUGGAAAUCUGCUUGAAAGAUCUGGAGGAGGAUCAUGCUUGUAUUCCACUCAAGAAAUCUGAUCCAGUGGUGUCCUACAGAGAGUCUGUCUCCGAAGGGUCAAGUGUUAUGUGUCUGUCAAAGUCGCCCAACAAGCACAACCGUCUGUUCAUGAAGGCCCGUCCCCUUGAGGAUGGUCUGGCUGAGGAUAUUGACAAGUGUGAGGUUACUGCUCGUCAGGAGAUGAAGGCCCGUGCCCGUUACCUUGCUGAUAAGUAUGAAUGGGAUGUCACUGAGGCCAGAAAGAUCUGGUGCUUUGGACCCGAUGGAACCGGUCCCAACUUGUUGGUGGAUGUUACCAAGGGAGUGCAGUACCUGAAUGAGAUCAAGGACAGUGUUGUGGCUGGCUUCCAGUGGGCUGUCAAGGAGGGAGUCCUCUGUGAAGAGAAUAUGCGUUCCAUCCGCUUCGACAUCCAUGAUGUGACCCUGCACACAGAUGCUAUUCACCGUGGUGGUGGACAGAUUAUUCCCACAGCUCGCAGAGCUCUGUAUGCAUGCCAGCUUACAGCAGAGCCCAGACUUCUGGAGCCAGUAUACCUGGUAGAGAUCCAGUGUCCUGAGCAGGCCAUCGGUGGAAUCUACGGUGUGUUGAAUAGGAGGCGUGGUCAUGUGUUUGAGGAGUGCCAAGUUGUGGGAACACCCAUGUAUGUCACCAAGGCUUACUUGCCUGUCAUGGAGUCAUUCGGUUUCACAGCUGACCUGCGUUCAAACACUGGUGGCCAGGCCUUCCCACAGUGCGUGUUCGACCACUGGCAGAUUCUCCCUGGUGACCCCUUAGACGUUACAACCAAGCCCGGUACCGUUGUUGUGGAGACCCGCAAACGCAAGGGUCUGAAGGAAGGUAUUCCAGCUCUGGACAACUAUCUGGACAAGUUGUAAAAGCCUUGACCCACUUGGCUCCUGCCUAAUAUCCGUUUCCAACAACUUUGAGUCUACAUUGUGGGACCGGACUGUACAGAACAUCUGAGCACUAAUGUUUGCCAAAAGGAAUGAUAAUAACUAAUAAACAACCACAAAAAUUGUAAACGAUAAAGGAAAAUAAAAACUGUAAUGGUC